AUGCCAAAGGGAUUUAAUCUUCAAGGGGCAGGCAAAAUUAACUGCUGCCUAAAUACUAAUGAUAAGCAAGUAGAUGCAGGAGAAUGUUCAUCUCCUAAACACACCGAAGAUGAGGAUGUGCAAAUGCAUAGGGCAGCUUCUUACUCCGCAGAAAUUACCUUCAAGGAUGAAGACUUGUUACUUGGAGGUGCGCCACACAAUCGCCCACUGUUUGUCGAAGGCUACACACGGGGGCAAAAGCUCAAAAGAAUUCUAGUUGAUCAAGGCUCAGCUGUCAACAUCUUAUCCCUCCGAGCCCUAAAAAACCCUGGUGGAUCUUCAGAUGAGCUCGCCCAAAGCCAUCUAAUGAUACAAGGCUUUAACCAAGGAGGGCAGAGAGCAAUUGGCAUCAUCAACCUCGACUUAAGAGUCGGAGGCUUAAGUUCAAGUGUUGUCAGCCAUGUCAUAGAGGCGAGGACAUCUUAUAACUUGUUACUCGGCCAUGUCAUAGAGGCGAGGACAUCUUAUAACUUGUUACUCGGAAGGCCUUGGAUACAUAGGACAUCUUAUAACUUGUUACUCGGAAGGCCUUGGAUACAUGAAAAUGGGGUGGUUCCCUCGUCUUGGCAUCAAUGCUUUAUGUAUGAAAAGAACGUUGUGAUUGAAAAGGUAGUCGUCGAUGAAAGCCCAUUCGCAGAGGCUGAGUCUUACUUUGCGGAUGCAAAGUUCUACAUAAAGAAACAGGUCUUUGUAGAAGAUGCCCAGAAAAGCAACAACAACUCGCCUUCCCAACUAAAGACAAAGGGAAAGGAAGUUGUGGAAGUGGAUCAACGCACUGCAAGACUCAUCUUCCCGCUUGCAAGAAUUGACACACUUAAAAUAGAUGAAGCAAAAUUAUCUGAGGAGAAAUGUGGUGAUAAACAAGACCAAGUCUUGCCCACCAAGCGUACGGAGGACUUCGACCCUAACGCUUAUAAGCUUCUAGCCAAAGUUGGCUAUAACCCCAACAAGCCUCGGAAGUUGGGAACGCUAAUCCCUGAAGCCAGUGGUAAAGGCAAAACAAAUCAACAAGAACCCCAUGCACGCAAAGGGUUGGGUUAUGUCCCUCCUAAACCCGUGCGAAUUUUUAUAAAUAGAGCUGCAAGCAAUUCUAUAUCUACAGAUGAAAGUGAGUAUGAUCCACAACUCACUGCUGCCAAUGGCAAAAAGAAGUCAGUCUUCAAGAGAAUGGGGAAGAGAGAGUCUCAGCGGUUAGUCUUUGAUAGAUUAGGGUCAAACCCUAAAGCUCCCAAAAGAAAGUCAAUCCAUGAUCGACUUGGAGUCGUCCAAGAUGCGAAAAACAAAGCAAGUCAUCCUGUUGAAGCAGAAACUUCUAAAAGGCUUCGAAGUAUGAUUCCUUCUCGUAUUAGACGAGAGACAAACAUUCAUGUUUCAUGCGGGGAGGUGUUGAAAGUCCAACCGAAGACCAUCGUACACACUCGUGUACAAAAAGGGAAAAAUGAGGAAAGCGUUGGCUCAAGUGAUGACAUAGUGCCACCUCAGGGCAAUGAAGCGUCGUCUUUCCACAUCACUCUAUGUGAUGAGACCCCGAUUGAGGGAGAAGAUGCAGAAGACGCACCCCAUGACUUAGAAGAAGGGGUACGAGCUGCAAUAGAUGAAUUAAAGGAGGUUGAUCUAGGAACUCCUGAGAAUCCUCGGCCUAUCUUCAUUAGCACACUACUUUCUAAUGAAGAUGAAGAAAUCUAUAUCACAUUGUUGAAAGAGUACAUUGAUGUCUUCGCAUGGACGUACAAGGAGAUGCCAGGAUUAGACCCAAAGGUGGCAAUACACCGCCUGACAAUGAAAAAAGCAUGCCGUCCAGUCAAGCAAGCUCAACGACGCUUUUGCCCUGAACUUAUUCCCUCAAUUGAAGGGGAAGUCAACAAGCUCAUAGAAGCUGGUUUCAUCCGCGAAGUGAAAUAUCCAACUUGGAUAUCCAGCAUUGUGCCUGUACGCAAGAAGAACGGCCAAAUCCGUGUAUGCGUAGAUUUUCGGGAUCUUAAUGUUGCAUGCCCGAAAGAUGACUGCCAACUUCACAUCACAGAGUUAAUGAUAGAUGCAGUAACUGGGCACGAGAUCAUGUCAUUCAUGGAUGGCUCCUCUGGUUACAAUUAA